UGCGGAGCGGUUCCGGGGCAGGAGGUGCGGGCAGUGGCGGUUGCUAGGAGAAUGAGCUCGGAAAGGGGGAACGUGUCGCGCACGCGGCCCCAGCGGUACCAGAACACGCACGCCUUCAGGAACGACAAGUACGACACCAGCGCCCGGCGCAAGAAAAUAAAUGCUAAGCUUCAUGACGGAGUGUGUCAGCAUUGCAAAGGUAUCUUGGAGUGGCGGGUAAAAUUCAACAAGUACAAACCGCUAACAAAGCCUAAAAAAUGUGUGAAGUGCUUCCAGAAGACUGUAAAAGAUCCAUACCAUAGUAUUUGUCGACCAUGUGCUAGUAAGCUAGAGAUCUGUGCUAAAUGUGGAAAAAAAGAAGAAAUAAUAAUUCCGAUUGAUAAAGGACAAGACAGAGCUGAGAUUGUGACUGCUAAAAAUGGCCAAGAGAGCAGGGAGUUGGAGGAUGAGCUGGAUUUUGAUGCAAACUUACGUAGUAAGGACAGUGAUGAAGAUACUGAUGUGCUUGAAGAACAAUUUAAAAGUAUGAAUUUUGAAAGGACAGAGAUCUAAAAGGCUGAGUUUAUAUGGGAGACUAUAUGCUGUCAGAAGUGUUAAAUCAAUGUUUGCCUUAAACUGCACUGAAAUCUGAUUUUGUAUCUUUGGUCCUUGCAUAUAGAUGUUGGCACUGUGUAUUAUGAUGCUUGUUGAAGAUUUUGUAUUAAUGUUGGGGGUUUUGUGCAUAAAGAGCAGAAUUUCUUGUGAAAAAGAUUCAGAAAUUGAAUUUUUAAGCAUAGUAUUUCAUGCAUAUAUGUAACAACUUCCUGUUUUUCUAAAUUAAGCCUUUGUGUAAUUGUUCUGAAUUCAGUAUUAUGCUACUUUGUAUUGCCACUUGGAAAGCUACAUGAAAGUCUAGAAUAAAUACAUAGUCUUGUCAGAAAAAGGAAGAGCUAAACCAGUGUAUUUUGCUGAAGGAAAAUCUUGCAACUUCUGUCCAUGAGUUUCCAAAUAGGGUCAAAAUACCAGGUGGCUAUUACCGUUAUGCUUGUUGUCUCUCUUCUAUGCAAAAAAGAGGGUGUAAAUGCCAUCACCAGUACAGUUCAUGAGCACUUAAUGCUUAUUUACCAUCUAUAAGUAUGCACUAUGAAUUUGUGACCUUGUUACUACUAAUGUUUUGAAAAGAAAAAAAAAAAGAUUUUUUAGAAUUGCUCAUAACAGAUCCCACACUUUCAUUUCCUUUGUCUGCAGAUCUAAUAUAGUUUGCUCUGAUAUGAAAACACUUGUAUAGUGUAGUGGUGCUUAUAUAGUUCCUGAUUUUCAGUUCUUUUUAGGGAUUAUUUCAAUGUAGGUUAAGCUCUAGGAAGAACUUAACUGAAUUUGUAGUAACUAUCUUUUAUGGGAUUCAGAACAGUUUGAUUUCUUCUUUAUUGUCUUCUAUUUCUAGACAUAAAACUGAAGAAGUACUUUUUAGUAAUUAAAUAGUUUAAGCUGUGACAAUACAGUAUGCCCUUUUUACUAACUGUGUAGCAGGUAUACAUCUGCUUGGGUGUUCUGCCUGAUGUACAGUAGUGUAGCAGGCAUGGAAAAAUUUGAUUACCAAACUACCUUCUUCGAAUGAAUUGUGAGGAACUUCAGCUCUGGGAUUAUUCUCCCCACCUACAGUGGGGAAAAUACUGAAACUUUAUCCUUUGGGUAAAGAUAGCUACCCUGUGGUGCUAUAGUUGACCUUAAUUUAAAAGAAAAUGUGGUUACCAGGCUGUAGACUACUAAGACAUUCAGCAGUCAAUAGCCUAAAAGUAUAUUAUUUAAAGGACAACUUUAUUAUUUAGUAUUGACAAUAACAGACAACAGCAAAAUUCUUGUAAUCAGUCAUGGAACAAUGAACUUUUACUAUUUUUUCUUAAAUGUGUAGCUGCUUGUCACUACACAUACGGCCUUAAGAGUAAGCUUUUUCUUCUACUACAUGUAUUUUGAUUUGUAUUCUGCUUUAAUAUUAUACAUUAAAACAGUGUUUUACCUUUUCUAAACUAUUUGUAAGUUUGUAUCUUAAUACCUGAAACAUGCUUUUGUAUGUUUUUUUGAUGAUCUCUAAGGACUGCUUGGUUUCUUCUUUUUUGUUUUCUUUUUCCCAUUCCUUUUCUGUGCUGCCCUUCUGCAGCUGAAGAAUGUGAUCUGUCCCAUCUAUAUUUUUUGCAUAGGUAGAUUUUUGCUAAGUGUUUGAACUGUUGAAAAACAUUCUACUGGUCUUCUCUGUUCCAGUGAUGUGUCCAGACUUCUGAGGCUUGUCACUGGGGCAGCCUAAAGUUUACUAAGUGUUUGGGUAGUGUUCUUUUUCCGUCUGGGGUUGCUUAUUACAUAGUUGUUUGUAGUCGUGAAGAACUGGGACUAAUGACCCAAACAACCCAUCUUCUUUUUCCGCCCAUUCUACAAACGCGUUUAUAAGCUAAACCACUAGUUUUGUGAUUAAACAUACCAGUUUUUUCACUUAACUGCUACUAAUAAAAUCCAAGAAGGUUGGAAGUUUAAAAUUUGUAGAAGAGCAAUGGUUUCUCUAGGAAGAGUCAGUAAAGCAGCAAACCACCAGGAGGUGCUUAGUGGCAGAAAAGGAGGUUGGUAUGUUUAGAAGUGACUGGAAAUUGGUGUGAAGGUCAUGUUGCAUUGACAGAUAAAUCCUCCCAGCAGGACAGCAGUGACGUGUGAGUCAGUGUGACAUCGCCUGUUGUCCUACCAGUUGACGUUGAUAAAGACAGAGUAAACAAAGAAUAAAGACAGAGUAAA